ACAACGCGACUGAAUCGACCUUGUUCGACAGCAAAUUUUGACACAAAAGCGCAACUGAGAAAAGUUAAAUAAUUGUAUUCCCUAGGCGAAAAGUCUUAAUAUUUUUGUGACAAGAGAUAGAGUUAAACUCCAGGAUCACAUUAAGGAAAGAUGCUGAGCUGGGCCAGUUACUUGUUUGGAGGUUCCACUGCAGAGCCAGAGAAGGUUGAGAAUGAGCCCACUCAGCAGGAAUCCAUUGCCAUGGAGACAGAGCCUCACCCAGGAGACAAAGACUGGGUUGUCAUUGAACAUGAUGGCAGCGACGAUGUGCCACGAGUUGGAGUCAGCGACCUUGAGAAUCUGCUGAUUGAACACCCAAGCAUGUCGGUGUAUAAGCGAUCUUGCAGCGAGGGGGAUGACAGCAAUCACUCAGAUUCUUCCAAUGAACUCAAUAUGAAAUCAAAAAGAUCUCAAGCACUAAGCAGGCAGACGCCAAAGCGUGCUCGUGCAAUCUCUGCAAAAGCUGAACUAAUGUCUCAGGUGAUGAAGGUAAAAAACGCUCAAAAAGUUCAACAACGACACGCAACGAAGCGCAGUAACAAGAAGGGUCUGGAUCGCCGCAACAAGGUGGCCGCCUGUGAUAAGCUGACCACACGCAAGAACCGCGUCCGAAACCCCUCCGGCCAGAUGAACGGCCGUCUGCCUCAGAGGAAGCAGUAAAUAAUGUCUAGGCUUUCAAUUUGUUUAAAUAUUGUUAAGAUUUGUUGUUAAAACUUCCCUGUCUGGAUUAGGUUGAAAUUAUUUAUUAUACGCUUCAUUUUUUUUUUCAAACAAGGUUUUGCUUUUAUGAUAUUCUAUAUAAAACAAAGAAAAACUAUAAAAAGUUGAAAAAGAAAAAAAAAAGUACAAAAUAUUCAAUGAAAAAGAGCUGCCCGAGAAGCAGCCUUUACAUAAAAAGUAACAUGUUGUUUGUAUCUGAUUUCAAGUUUAUUAUUUACUCCAUCAUUAUAAUCAAACAUAUUAAAUAAAAAUCUUAUCUUCUGCCUGUGUUAUAUGAAUCAUUGGUGAACGUUUCCAUGCGGUAUAGGGUAGCAGACAUUAUGUCAGGUGGAAAUCUUGUCAAGAAUUUAUGCGGUUAAAUCUUUAUAGUAAAGUGCCAUGAUUCUCAUAAUUGUAUUUUUUUUUUGCAUUUAUCAUUUCCUAUUGUUUUACUGCCAGCUAACAAACAUAUAUUGCACUAAUAAAUAGAGCCUUAUCUUAUCAAGAACAAUACCGUACAGUGCAUUUACUUAAUCGAAAAAACGUCCAAAAUAUAUGUUUGAUUUGUCAGUUUAGAACAAUUCAUUUCAUUUUGGAUGAACACAGACAUAAUUUUUAACCCUUAAUGAUAUUCUUACAAGUUUAAUUGUACACCUCUUGAUAAGAUGGUUCUUAUAUGAAUAAAUAAAAUAACUUUGUUUGAUCAUGUAUAAUUUAAUGAUAUACUAUGUUAUGAGCGGGAACAUAAUGUGAGUUGCAGUAUAACAUGCCCGUUACACUUAAAUCUGUUUGUUGAUAUAUCACCCUUAGGUGGUAUAUGCUGUAACAAGAUAUAACAGUUCCCAGGAGGUUCACAGCAGCCUGGUGUAUUAUAUAAUAAUAAUUAAAUGUACAAGUAAUGUUGAUCUGUUGUUUCAUGCAAUAAUGCUGCCCUCUGGUUAUUUUUCAUUUCUGAGAAAUUAAGUUUAAAUAAUGUUGCCAUUUUAGGAAUCAGACAAAUCUGUUUCUUGUGGAGAUACUACCAGACAGAAGAUAUUUAAAUAACAAUUGUUAUUUCAAAAUGCUGAGACAGUAAAUGCUCAUUGUAUUCUCUUUAUUUUGUAUGAUUUUAAGAUUUUUUUUUAUUAUUGAAAAUAAUUGAUCUAAAAAACAAAAGAUAUGAAGGUUGGCAGCAUUAAAUGAAGUUCUAACUUAUGGCUUUUUUGGUGAAAGCGUGCAAUAGGAUAUAUACACUGUUAUUAAGUUUCGGAAGUGAUUAUGCGCAUAUAUGUUUUGUUAUGGCUAAGUUGACUUGUCGGGAAUUUUUUCUGCCCAAUUUUUUCUGUAUAUAGUGGACACAGUUUUGUUGUAGUUGGUAAUUUAACCAGAGUUUAUUGUUAAAUAUGUUAGAGUUAUUAAAAACAACUCAGGGUUGAUUUGUAGUAAAGGAAUCAGAUUCGAAAAUGAACUAGUUUUCUAAAAUCACUAUUACCAUUAAAUGUAAAAUUGAGAUGCCUGGUAUCGUUUCUGUUUUGAAAAGAUAUAUAACUACUUAAUACUGCUUAUCAAUAUCAUGUAAAAUAAAUAAUCUAUUUCAACCAAAAUCAGAUUUGAAAAACGCCUAUUUCACAAAUAAAAAGUUACAUUAUUUUCUGUCUACUUUUUACAUUUUACAUGACUUUUCUGCACAUACUGAAGUAAAACCCUUUCAAAUGAUACCAAAAUGAUAUGAGUUACAGGGCAUCCAAACUACCUUAAGCAUACUUGGGUGUCGGGUACCUUGGAACCACAACGAGGGCUUAGUGUAAGAUUGUUGUAAUGUUGUUUUUUUUCCAUAUUGAGGUACAGCCAUCUUGCACCAAGCCCAUGCCAUGUUGAUUCAAGUUUUCUUUUUUCCUGGUUUGAAGAACUUGAAGUGUAAAAACAUAUGUAAAGACGAUAAUUGUUUGUUUCAGUGUAAGAUCUUAAUAUAUUUCACUGAGGGAGUACCAAAAGAUGUAUUUCACGAGUGGCAUGUUAUAUUUACUCUCUGUGAUCAUGAGGGAUAAUGUGUUGUGGUGUAACACUGAAACAAACUAUUUGGAUAUAAAAUCGUUAAAGGUUUUUAGAAAAGUGUGUCAAACUGUAUGCGAAUGUAACAUUAUUAUGGAAUCGAUAUUGUUGAAAUUGAGUCCCAGUCCUUUGGAAUCAUUUUUGAUUUGGAAGUGAGAUUGUUGAAAAAAAUCAAAUUCUUAUUACAUAAUUUGUAACCAUGGAAUAUCAGUGUUAUUUCACUGAUAGAUCUCUAUAAAUCACCCUAAAAGCAUGUAAUGAUAUAUCAGAAAAAUGACUUUUUUAGUGUAAAAUUACACCUUUAUAAUGCAACAAGGCCUACACUUUAAUCUCAUAAUCUUUGUAUGAAAUUGUUACUACAAAAAUAGGAUGUGUUUCAUAAUAUUAUGUUCUUGUUUGUUUUUGAGAGCUGAUGGGCUGAUUGUUUAGAGAGUUGUUCAAGAUAGCAUCAUUGUUUAGCAGCAUCAUUGUUAACUUUGCAAUGUUAACUUUUUGAUCAUUGACUCGUAUUUGGAUAAAACAAGCACAGCUGACAAAGUUGUCUCAAAAUAUCUCAAAAUAAAUAUCUGUUUUCCUUUAAAUAUCAAAUUUUGUGCGAAAUACUGCAGAUCACAGGGCAGUUAUGUUUGAAGUGAACAGCAAUGACAUUUACAACAAUUGUUAACUCAAACAAAAAUCUGAACAAUUGGCCCCAUGUAGAGUUAAUGAAUAGCAUAAUGAAUUUUGUUGUUAUGUAUUUUCUGAAAUACUACUGAAUAUAACUUGAUAUUAUAAUUCAUAAACAUAUGAUUUUACAUGUAUCCGUUGUAAUUGAUAGUAUACUACUAAUACCUUUUUUUCUAUGACGAUUUAUUACACUUACACGGAUCCCAACAGUUCAAAUGAAAUCAAAUAAGCCAUGCUUCUUAAUUGAAAGUAAGAACAUAAUCAACUUCCUUGAAUAAGAUCAUUUUCGUGUAACUUAAUCUGUUAUUGUUUGUCAUAGCUAUCACUGCUGUCCCAGGUGGGUGUAUGUUUCAUAUAAGCCAAUUUUGCCAGCCAUUAUUAAAGCUGCAAUUUCACAGAUUGAACGUUUUGACAACUUUUUUAAUUUUUGUCUUUGAACGUGCCAAUUUAUGCGAAAAUCCACAGAAAUCAGUUAUAUAAGACUGCUGACAAGAAAUUAGAUCGCAGAUUUUCAUAUUUAAGUUCAAAAAUUGAUGUUUUAUGCAUUUUUCUUAAACUGUUUGUUAGAUGAAAAUCUGCGAUCUGAUCUUUUGUCAGCAAUCUUAUAUCAUUGGUUUGCAGAUAUAUACGCAAAAAAUUGCUCUUUCAAAGAAUUUUUUUUAAAAAGUUGUAAAAAGUGUAGAGUGCAGCUUUAAGGUUUCGAUGUGUAAUUAAGUUUUUUAGUUAACUUAUAGCAGUAAAUGUAAAAGUUUGUUGCCUUGUUAGUCCUCAAUAUUUUUGGUAUUAUUUGAAAGGCUGGAGCUUGCUCAUAACUGAUAGGUGAAAUAAACGACCGAAAAUACAUUAUAGAGGAAGUAAUUGCAAUUUGUAAUUUUCCUCUUUAUUUCAACUGAAUCUGACAUAUAGCCUUUAUUUCAACUGAGUCUGACAUAUAGCCUUAUUUCAACUGAGUCUGACAUAUAGCCUUUAUUUUAACUGAGUCUGACAUAUAGCCUUUGUUUCAACUGAGUCUGACAUAUAGCCUUUAUUUCAACUGAGUCUGACAUAAAGCCUUUAUUUCAACUGAGUCUGACAUAUAGCCUUCAUUUUAACUGAGUCUGACAUAUAGCCUUUAUUUCAACUGAGUCUGACAUAUAGCCUUUAUUUCAACUGAGUCUGACAUAUAUAGCCUUCAUUUCAACUGAGUCUGACAUAUAGCCUUUAUUUCAACUGAGUCUGACAUAUAGCCUUUAUUUCAACUGAGUCUGACAUAUAUAGCCUUUAUUUCAACUGAGUCUGACAUAUAGCCUUUAUUCCAACUGAGUCUGACAUAUAGUCUUUAUUUCAACUGAGUCUGACAUAUAGCCUUUGUUUCAACUGAGUCUGACAUAUAGUCUUUAUUUCAACUGAGUCUGACAUAUAGCCUUUGUUUCAACUGAGUCUGACAUAUAGCCUUUGUUUCAACUGAGUCUGACAUAAAGCCUUUAUUUCAACUGAGUCUGACAUAUAGCCUUCAUUUCAACUGAGUCUGACAUAUAGCCUUUAUUUCAACUGAGUCUGACAUAUAUAGCCUUUAUUUCAACUGAGUCUGACAUAGCCUUUGUUUCAACUGAGUCUGACAUAUAGUCUUUAUUUCAACUGAGUCUGACAUAUAGCCUUUGUUCCAACUGAGUCUGACAUAUAGCCUUUAUUUCAACUGAGUCUGACAUAUAGCCUUUAUUUCAACUGAGUCUGACAUAUAGCCUUUAUUUCAACUGAGUCUGACAUAUAGCCUUUGUUGCAACCUUUCAAUGUCAUGUUGUUUGAUGUGGGGUUUUUUCUCAUUACAAUUGUUCCACAUUAAUUUCACCUACACUAAGCUGUUUUUAAUGGUACCAAAAUAAUAUGGGGUCAACCAGCAUCUAAACCAACACUAAACUGUACAUAGGAGACCUUCAUUCAAUCAUUUUCACCAUUUACAAGCAAAGAAAAAAUGUGAAAAUAAGAGAGUUAUUCAAGAUACAUGGUUGUUGCUUUAAGCAAUUAGAUGUGUCGAUUAUAUGGUGAUUAUCUAUGCCUGCAUUGCCAUUGUCAUUUGGGGAAAACAUUGUGUGUAUAGUUGUUGUGUCCCUCCUACAUUGGAUUAUAUUGACUGUUGUUUGUUGUGUAUAUAGUGAUGGAUAAAAGUUGUCCUAGAACUUUAUAACAAGCAUGAGAUGUUCACAUGUCGAACAAGUAUCAAAAAUGUAUAGCAAAGAUGUAUGAUGCUAAUAGCUUUUAUUUGACACUGUUUAAUUGUUAGAUUCAAAAAUACACAUUUAAAUAUAUAUAUGGAAAAGUUGGAAAUACAUCAUGAUAUUACAGUAUGUAAAUUGUCUUGACAAUAGAAUACGGAAGUAGCUUUCACAUAGAGCAUGUCUAGUUAUGAUGAGGAAAGUUCUACAGCGUUAUGUUAAUAUGACAUCUGUAAGAAUGUAAACAUGCAUUUUCCAUGUCAGUAUAAGGUAGCAGUUUAUUACAGGCAUGAUUUCAAAAACUUGUAAUUAGUUUUGUUCAAGAUUUAGUUGUCUGAAAUAAGGUUACAUCUGCUUAAUCCGUCUGGAUUUGAUUUUGGAUUUUGCAUGUUUAUGAGUACAACUUUGUUUUUCACCAAAGUUCAACUUUCAAUCUUGUGUCGGUCAAAUUCAUGCAUGAGUGUAUAUUGACAACUGCGAUAUAGCCUAAUACAGCAAUCCAUGAUAUGAGUUAAGUGAAUAAAACAGUCCUAUGCAAACUCA